AUGGGUGCAGGAGCAAGCGCCGAAGACAAAAAGUCAAAGGAGUUAGAAAAACAGCUCCAGGAGGAUGCCGACAAGGAUUCCAAGACAGUCAAGCUGUUGCUGCUUGGCGCUGGUGAAUCUGGCAAAAGCACCAUCGUGAAACAGAUGAAGAUUCUCCAUCAAGGUGGUUACUCACGGGAGGAGCAGAUGGAGUUCAGGAGCAUCAUCUUUGGCAACAUCCUGCAGUCCGCCCUGGCUAUCAUCAGAGGCAUGGAGAUGUUGGCCAUUGAUUUUGGAGCAACCUCUGGACAGGAGGAUGCCCAGAAGCUGCAGAACCUGUCAGACUCCAUCGAGGAGGGCACCAUGCCCGCUGAGCUGGCGGACGUCAUCAAGAAGCUGUGGAAGGACACUGGUGUCCAGGCGUCCUAUGAUAGAGCUGCUGAGUACCAGCUCAACGACUCCGCUGGCUACUACCUCUCCGACAUGGACCGAAUCUGCAAGGCCGACUAUCUACCUAAUGAGCAGGAUGUGCUGCGGUCUCGAGUCAAGACCACUGGUAUCAUUGAAGAACAGUUCGGAUGCAAAGAAUUGCACUUCAGGAUGUUCGAUAAGGGGGGAAGGAAAAAGGGAAAAUGGCCAUCCAUUGGAUUCCAUUUCGAGGGUGUCACCUGCAUCAUCUUCUGCGGAGCUCUUAGCGCGUACGACAUGGUGCUGGUAGAGGACGACGAAGUGAACCGCAUGCACGAGUCCCUCCAUCUGUUCAACAGCAUCUGCAACCACAGGUUCUUCGCGACGACUUCCAUUGUGCUUUUCCUCAACAAGAAGGAUCUGUUCGUGGAGAAGAUCAAGAAGGUCCACCUGAGCAUCUGCUUCCCUUGCCCCGACUAUGAUGGUCCUAACACAUACGACGACGCCUGCGCCUACAUCAAGACACAGUUUGAGGACCUCAACAUGAAGAAGGGUGUGAAGGAGAUCUACUCCCACAUGACCUGUGCCACAGACACAGAGAACGUCCAGAUUGUGUUCAACGCUGUCACGGAUAUCAUCAUCAAAGAGAACCUUAAAAGUUGUGGUCUUUUCUAA